GGUUUCAAAACCAGACUCCGCCUCUCCAGCAAGCGCACCCACCUUAUCCGCCAGCAACACAGUGCGCCAGGAGGCGAGAGCACAGGCGCGUGGCACACCGGGGAGCGGGCACGUCGAACCAGGAGUGGCAUCCUCGGUACUUUUUCGGAGAAAAGACGGUCUUUGGUUCGGGGAAAAACCCCGCAUUAAGACCUCUUACGACUGAGGGGAGGUCUUGUUCAUUCUGUCAGCCGUGGAAAGAGAACUCAUACCUUAACCGGUGGUGGAGAGAAAGAUGCGGUUCCAGUCCGACUCUGUGCGCCAGGCGGUCCGCCUCAGACUGUGGUGAUGCCCGCCGUGCGGGGAUCACCGCCCAGCAGCAGCAGCAGCAGGAGAAAGAGGAGGAGGAGAAGGGGGUGGGGGGGGGGGUCACGACAACAGUGCGUCGGGGGGCCGAUGAGGAUGAUGGUAAGGUCGGGAUCAUGGCAAACGGAACCGGUACCAUCAUGUUGAAAUGCGUCGUGGUCGGAGACGGUGCAGUGGGAAAAACGUGUCUCCUGAUGAGCUAUGCCAAUGACGCCUUUCCAGAGGAGUAUGUACCCACAGUCUUUGAUCAUUAUGCAGUGAGUGUCAACGUCGGUGGAAAGCAGUACUUGCUGGGACUGUAUGACACAGCUGGUCAGGAGGACUACGACCGCCUGAGGCCCCUGUCCUACCCGAUGACCGAUGUCUUCCUCAUCUGCUUCUCGGUGGUAAACCCAGCCAGUUUCCAGAAUGUGCGGGAGGAAUGGGUGCCCGAGUUGCAGGAGUAUGCACCCAGUGUUCCCUACCUGCUCAUUGGCACCCAAAUUGAUCUUCGUGAUGACCCUAAGACCAUUGCCAAACUGAAUGACAUGAAGGAGAAGCCCAUACCUACUGAGCAGGGGCAAAAACUAGCUAAGGAGAUUGGUGCAUGUUGCUAUGUGGAAUGUUCAGCGUUGACCCAGAAGGGUCUGAAGACGGUGUUCGACGAGGCCAUCAUCGCAAUCCUGACCCCCAAGAAAAAGAAGGGAGCUCUGAAGAGAAGACUGGGACCCCGUUGCAUCAACUGCUGUCUGAUCACGUGAUCCAUAAACCCAAAGAUCAUUCAGCAAGCAACCAUUAACCAAACCUGGACUGGAGAAGACAGAAGACAAAGA